CUUUUUGCUUUGACAUCAGCUGUUCUGCCCACAGAGCAGAGGCAUCCUGCUGGAGGAGACGGAAAGGCGCACAUCCGCGGUGAGAUGUUGCUUUUAUUAAUUGUCGCGGGCCUCGGAGUGGUGACGCUACUGGUGAUUUUAUUUGCACCACACAUAAGAAAGUAUGCGGCAGGAGGAGUGUGCAGCUCCACAGCUAGUCUGGAAGGCAAGGUGGCCCUCAUCACCGGGGCCAACACGGGGAUCGGGAAGGAGACCGCCCUGGAGCUGGCAGUGCGAGGGGCGCGGGUGAUCAUGGCGUGCCGAAAUGUGGACAAAGGAGAGGAGGCCGCGGACAGUAUACGAGCCGCGUACCCCGAGGCGCAGGUGGAGGUUCGGGAGCUGGACCUGGCGGACACCUGCUCCAUACGAGCCUUCGCUCAGAAGUUUCUAGCCGAGGUCAACCAUCUUCACAUCCUCAUCAACAACGCCGGCGUGAUGAUGUGCCCUUACACGAAAACCAUUGACGGCUUUGAGAUGCACAUUGGAGUCAAUCACUUAGGGCACUUACUGCUGACCUCCCUCCUGAUCGGGCUGCUGAAGCGCAGUGCGCCGGCCCGGAUCGUGGUGGUCUCGUCUCUGGCUCACAACUUCGGCUGGAUCCGUUUUCACGACCUCCACAGCCAGGGGAGCUACAACAGUGGGCUGGCAUACUGCCAGAGCAAACUGGCAAACGUGCUCUUUACCAGAGAGUGUGCGCGUAAACUCAGAGGGACCGGCGUGACGGUGAACUCGGUCCAUCCCGGGACGGUGAACUCUGACCUGACCAGACACUCGACUCUCAUGACGAUAUUUUUCACCGUCUUCUCCACGUUCCUAAAAACCCCGCGGGAAGGAGCACAGACCAGCAUCUACUGCGCUGUGGCAGACGAACUGCACUCAAUCUCUGGGAAACACUUCAGUGACUGCGCCCCUGCCUUUGUAGCCCCCCAGGGAAGAAGCGAGGACACAGCGAGGAGACUGUGGGUUGCCAGCUGUGAGCUUCUUGGUAUCGAGUGGGACUGAUUCAACUUUUAACCACCAUUCAUCUCAGUUGUCAAAGGGGGUCCUUCGUCUUCCUUUGAUCAUUCAUUUCAUUAUGGUUUUGAUGUUCUGUACUUUGAACGUUUCUUACCUAAUAAGCAGUCAGGUAAUACUGUAACAGGUACUAUAAGGUGAAGUUGCUUUUUUGUGUAAUAAUGCAGUAAUUACAUUACAAUAACCUUGAGUAUUUGGUGCUCCUCAAACCAAAAUCCACUGUAUUAUGUAACCACAAAUAACUUUUGACUAUUUUUGUGACACAAUGUGAAUACAGUGUAGGCAAAAAAGCAACUUGAUGUAUCGUAAUGCUGUAGGAAACUGAGGGGUCAAGCCAGGGUAAAUGACCAGCAUCUUUAUCGAAUAUCACGUUCUUUUGAUCUCUCCAGAAUUUGCAGUUAAAUUGGUUGACUUUUGUGCCAGCAUUUCUAAACAACUGCAGGGGUUAUUAUAGCGUUUCCAUGUUGAUACAAAAUUAGUAAACUAUCAAAAUAUCAGCAUCUGUCUGAGCCACGUUUACCGCUUCAAUUGCAUAAAUGUAUUUUGUGAUAAUUGUAGUCAGUCUAGGUUAUAAGGAGGGUUUUCUAUAUGAACCAAAUCCCACUUAGAAUCAUGUCACUGGCAGAGUUCAUCCCAGGAUUUGCAUUGCCAAAAAUUGCAUUCUACAGGAACUACAGUUUUGCAUUUUUAAGGAUCUCCCUAGUCAUGUUUCCUUCUCAGCAUUCACAUGCAAGGUUGCCAAGAGUUUACAUUCUGUGUUUUAUACAAGUGAAACAUGCCUUUUACUACGCUUACAUUCAUGUUAAGAGUUGAAUGUUUACAUUUGAUGUAAAUAAACAGAUUACUAUA